UUUUAGAAAAAAAAAAAAAAAAAAGAAAAGAAAGAAGAAGAAGAAGAAGACUACCAUCUCGGGCGAAGCUCCGGUUCCAUUAAUGGAUUUCUCGGCACUCACCGACGCCUUGGCGUCAAAAUCAUACGACCAGAUCGCUAAUAUCUGCGACACCCUCAUGCUUCAGGCUGCAUCGGAGGGCAUCGCUUUAGGGGACGAUUGGCCCUAUGCUAUUCAUCUCCUUGUCCACAUCUAUAUUAACGACAUUAAUAGUGCGAGGUUUUUGUUUAAGGUGAUACCAUCCGCAGUGAAAGAGAGGCAGCCGGAGGUAUUGGCUGCUUGGAAAAUUGGGCAGAGGUUGUGGAUGAAGGAGUACAGUGGUGUUCAUGAGGCCAUUCGUGAGUUUAAUUGGAGUCCAGAGGCUCAGAGCGUUGUGGCUGCAUUCUCAGAACUUUACACUAAGAGGAUGUUUGAAUUGCUGCUUUCUGCUUAUUCAACCAUAAGCAUUCAAGAUACAGCUCUUUUCCUUGGAAUGAAUGAGGAUGAUGCAGCAAACUAUGCAUUACAACAAGGUUGGACUAUGGAUCCUGCAUCUCGAAUGCUCACCGUGAACAAGCAAGCAGUUGCAACAGAGCAGAAGCUGGAUCCCAGUAAAUUACAACGCCUGACUGAAUAUGUAUUCCACCUCAAGCACUAAGCGCAGAAAGUUGGAAGCAUGAAUUACGCGUAAUUAGAGCUCUUGCUAUAAAUGGCGAAAUGUAUCAAAGGUGUUAAAAGCAUGGAUGAUAGAAGAGUAAAUUAGAUUGACAGUGAUGAGUAGCAUCAUCUGGUAUAGAAGGUGUAUCGCGUGUUUUCACCACUUCAUCUAUUACGGUCCAUCCUUCCCUUUAUUUGUUUA